CUGAUGCGCAGGCGCACCCGGGCACUCAGACCACUUCCUCCGCUGUCUCCUAGCAACGGGUGGAAGCGUUGUUGACAUCGCUGGAGGCCGAGGCGCCAGCCUGAGUCCAGAGACUGCCGGGACGCGCGAUGGCAGAAGUGGAGGAGACCCUAAAGCGGAUACAAAGCCACAAAGGGGUCAUUGGGACCAUGGUGGUAAAUGCAGAAGGCAUUCCAAUCCGAACAACCCUGGACAACUCAACAACAGUGCAGUAUGCAGGCCUUCUCCAUCAGCUGACAAUGAAAGCCAAGAGCACAGUCCGUGAUAUUGAUCCUCAGAAUGACCUAACCUUUCUUAGGAUCAGAUCAAAGAAACAUGAAAUUAUGGUAGCUCCAGAUAAGGAAUAUCUUCUGAUUGUCAUUCAGAAUCCAUGUGAGUAGACCUGCUAUAGCCAACUCUGUCAUCAUGACAAUGAGCUGGAAACACUUCGCUCUUCAGUGGUCAUGAAAUUCCACUCCAAGUCAUUGAACAUUAUUUCCUAUUUUUACAUCUAAACUGCUCUAUAUGUCUCUUUUAGUCCAUUUUGAUUGCAUUGUGGACUUGUACUUUUGCUAUAUAAUAAACAAAUUCUGGCAUCUA